UCUAAAAUCCACAUACAGAGGUGCUCUGGACUCCCUUGGUUGUUUACCUUAGUUCUAAACACUGCUCCUGCUCUUCAGGACAGCAUGAGUUAUCCAUUGGUGAUUCUGCUCUGUGUGGGACUUCUGCACCAGACGACAAGGGCCAUCCAGAUGGAUAAACUGGCAGACAGCAAAUCCUGUGCAGAUGCAGAAUGCUCAUAUGUUCUCUCCAUGGCCACGGCCUUGGAUGACUUCAUUGCUCCUGACUGCAGAUUCAUCAACAUCAGAAAGGGUCAGAUGGUCUAUGUGUAUUCUAAACUCACACCAGAGGAGGGUGCUGGAGUCUUCUGGUCUGGAAGUGUUUACAGUGAGAGGUACGUGGACCAGAUGGGCAUUAUUGGACACUUUCCUGCAACUGUGGUGAAGGAGACUCAGAAGUUUAUGGAAGACACAGUGAAGAUUCCCACAAGUGACGCAGACUUCUACUGUUACUAAGGCCCUGCUUCUUUCUCUGCAAGUUGGUCCUUUAUAUAUCUUCACAUUUGUAAAGGACGAUACAGACCUGGAAAAUCUUAGCCCUGCAAUGACCCCAGUCUGCAUUUAGUCAUACUCUCUUUCUCUUCAAAGAUAUUUUUGAUCCAUUUUUUUUUCCUAAUCAAUACACCAUGAAAGUACUUGGAAAUAUAAGACUUAGACAUCCUGAUUAAAUCCCAUUUUAUGCCAGUUUAUCAUGUAUCCCGUAGACAAGAGGUAAAGGCAGUAAUAAUCCUCUCCAGUUGUAAAUAUACAUUCAAAUUUGAUAUACGUUCAUGCUUUUGUCAUUUGCAUGUCUUUAUAUUGUUGUGACCCUUUCAAAUAGAAAUUGAAAACUGUAACUGAUUAUACUCUCAGAUAUGGUGAUUUUUUUUUUUCAGAUAACAUGCAGUAUGAACAAUAAAUAAAAUAGCAAAAAAAGCACUUAAAAGAGAAAUUAUUUCAACCUUUUUUGACUGAAAAUGUCAUCAUUUUUGCAUAAAUUUUGGAACAAAUUAUUCAAGCUCUUUCAUGCAUUCAAAACCCAUUAUUUUCCAAAAUAUUUUAAAUUAGUACAACAAUUUAUAAAUCUAUCAACAUCAAUAUAUUUAUUUUUUACAAAAAACCCUGAGUGAAAACAGAUUCCUGCAAAGUUAUGUCAAUUAAAUAAAAUAUGUAAUAAAAAUAAGUGACUAUGUACUGUAAAAAUCCAUCCCCUUCAAAGUGACUGGCCUAUUUUAACAAAGGUCAAGCAAAUCGGUGCUAAUAGUUUCACAAUUAGUGAAACGGGGAUCACCUGAGUGCAAUGAAUGCGCAAGUGAUGGUAUAAAACACCUGUGUAUUGGAGGUCCAGUCACUGGUUAAUCGGUAUUCCUGGCUACCAUUAUACCAUGAAGACAAGAGAACACUCCAAGCGACUCAGAGAAAAAGUUAUUAAAACGUAUAAGUCAGGGGAUGGAUACAAAAAUUUCCAAGGCACUGAUCAUCCCCCGGAGUUCAGUGAAAAUCAUCAAAAAACAGAAGUUCUAUGGCACGUGCAAAUCUACCUAGAAUAGGCCGUCCACACAAACUGAGUGACCAUGCAGGAAGGAGACUAGUGAGAGAGGCCACCAAGACACCUAUGACUACUCUGAAGGAGUUACAAGCUUCAGCUGCUGUGAUGGGUGAGACUCUGCAUACGACAAUUGCCUGGGUUCUCCACCAGUCAAAGCUUUAUUA